UGGAGCAGCCUGGCCCCAACCUUGUGUCCUCAUCAAGUGAGCUACUGGUCUUCUUCACUCCUGCUCAUGGCAGCUGCCAUGAAAGUGGUCCUGUUUUUCCUCCUCUUUGGGGUCGUCUGGACUCACAAAGUGAGCACAGAGUUUCUAGACACCACAACCACUUUGAAGAUCUCCAAAGAAGUUGUGAUGUCUGUACCUGGAGAGACCUCUGCUUCUUGGGUCUCAACUUUCUCUGAGGCCCCAAACCUCAACUCAGUGACCCCCUACCCUGCAAUAACAGGAGUCCCUGAAGAGGUCAACAGCACUAGGCACCAGAUCUCCCCACCUUCCUCAGAUCUUUAUUCAGCCACUGAAGUGUCCUUUUCUGGGACUUCCACUGCUGCCAGCAGUGACCUCCAUGAAUCUGAGUCAGUGGCCUCCUGGGAAGUUUCCAGCAAGGAGUCAUCAAACCUGGAAAUUAGUGCAAACAGGAACUCUGCUGAACUACUAAGACACUCUCUGGCAUUACAUGUUAUGGCUGAUCGAAUCAUGGCAACUGACACUCUGGAGACCUCUACUGUAGCCAGUGGACCUCUCACCAUCAUGGCGACUGACUCUCUGGAGACCUCCGCUGUAGCCAGUGGACCUCUCACCACCAUGGCAACUGGCUCUCUGGAGACCUCUACUGUAGCCAGUGGGCCUCUCACCAUCAUGGCAGCUGACUCUCUGGAGACCUCCGCUGUAGCCAUUGGGUCUCUCACCACCAUGGCAACUGGCCCUCUGGAGACCUCCGCUAUAGCCAGUGGGCCUCUUACCACCAUGGCAGCUGACUCUCUGGAGACCUCUACUGUAGUCAGUGGGCCUCUUACCACCAUGACAGCUGACUCUCUGGAGACCUCCGCUGUAGCCAGUGGACCUCUCACCACCAUGGCAACUGGCUCUCUGGAGAGCUCCACUAUAGCCAGUGGGCCUCUCACCACCAUGGCAACUGGCUCUCUGGAGACCUCUACUGUAGCCAGUGGGCCUCUUACCACCAUGGCAGCUGACUCUCUGGAGACCUCCGCUGUAGCCACUGGACCUCUCACCACCAUGGCAACUGGCUCUCUGGAGAGCUCCACUAUAGCCAGUGGGCCUCUCACCACCAUGGCAACUGGCUCUCUGGAGACCUCUACUGUAGCCAGUGGGCCUCUUACCACCAUGGCAGCUGACUCUCUGGAGACCUCCACUGUAGCCAGUGGACCCUCCACCAUCAUGGCGACUAACUCUCUGGAGACCCCCAAGGGGGCCAGUGGCUUCCCCAUCUCCACGGUAAAAAUAUCCACCAAUAGAACCAGUGGGGAUUCCCAACCUCUAGGUCAGGAGUUAAAUCGCACCCAGCUGGUGGCUGUGCUGGUGGCUGUGCUGGUGGUCAUUGUCCUCUUGGGCCUACUCCUGCUGUGGCACCAACGGCAGAAGAGGCGGACGGGGGUCCUGACACUAGGCAGGGGUGGAAAGCGCAACGGGGUUGUAGAUGCCUGGGCUGGGCCAGUCCGGGUGUGUGAUGAGGAGGCCCUGAUGGCAGCAGCAGGAGGGCCUGGCGGUGAGAGGGGCCCCGGGGUGUCUGAGGUGGAUGGGUCUGGCCAGCAGCCCAUGCUCACCACAUUCUUUGAAAAACGCGAGUCACACCGGGACUCAGUGGAGCUGGUGGAGCUGGAAGCCAGGUCAGCCCUGGUCCCAAAGGGGGAGGAGGAGCCACUGAUGGACAGCAAGGAAGAGGCUGCCGAGGCCCCCGCUUCAGAGGGACCAGAAGCCGGGGAGGUGGAGGCCCCUCAGUGCUUCUGAAGAAAGAGAGCCAAGGUCAGAAUCAUUCCCGGCUUCUAUCACCUGCUGUCCCAUCAUCACUUGAAGGCUCCUUGUCACCCAGCAUGUUUGUCCUGAACCCCACGCAGCUUCUCAACCCAGGGUCUCCCAGCCAGCACCCACACCCGGUGCCUGGAGGGCCUACACCCACGGAGGCGCUUUCAAACUGAACCAAUAACCCUUCCUCCUCCAUUCUGACUUCUCCCCGCUGCUGCUCAGUCUCCAGGAGUCUCCAUAAUGUCGAGCUUCCUUGACCUGUAAUUUCUCAGAGGACCCCCCCAUCCCCUGGGGACCGCGGAGUCUAGGAAAGAGGAUGGAAGUCAUAACCCAGAGUGAUCCCACCUAGGAUCAUUCUGGAAACUACUUUUGGUCCAUAGACUGGGACAGUCUUCUUGGACAGUCAGCCCACAAACCUCCUCUAACUCUGUGCAGUGCUCUGUGCCGGGGAACAUCACCUAACUGUGCCUGGUGACAGCACAUGGACUUUUGGCUGGCCCCUGGUUCACGCUGCCACGCUCCCCUCCGCAAGCCUGUGGACUGAGGCUGCCAGAGGCGGCAGUUCCUCCUCCCCAAGGUAGGGGUGAGAAGCGUUUCCGGGCAGGUGUAACUCUCAGAAGCCCCAGCGCCAACGUGGGCCCGGCCAUGGGUGCAGUUUGCGUGCAAGACGCACAGGCUCGGCUCUGUGGCUCUGCGUGUGAAGUGGUGGCGGUGAGUAGUGAAGUGUGGCAGUGAGGCCAGGGCAGGAGAGGCUGCAGAGCUGCCACCCAGCUGACAUCCCAUGGGCUUAGGUGGGGUGGGGGUAGUGGAUUUGCCCCUGUCUGUGGCCCAGUGAAGAAUGCCGGGCUUGAUGGAAAGACUUCUGGUGUGACCUGAGUGUGGUUCUUCAGCUCAGGCCUCUGUCUGUCCUGCUCACAGCCUCCCAGGCUCCAGCCCGAUCACUCUCCAGGAAUGGGGAGAGGAAGCCCAGAGAGCGGGGGAACUGGCUGUUACCUGUGUAAUAUGUUUGCAUUUCAUCUCCCAUGGGGCUCCUUCCCUCCUCCAAGGAGAAUCAGUGAGACCGGCAGGCCCCCAGAACCGGGAGCUUCACCUGUGGCUCCAGGAGAGGAAGGGAGUGGGGGCUGGGAGGGGUGGGGACAGGACCCCACUCCAGGCCAGAGCCCAGGGGCCACAUAAGCCAUGCCAAGGCCAGAGGCGCUAGGUACUUCCCCAGGACAAAGAGGAAAUUUGCAAAGAGGAAGUUGUUGAGUCAUAAGGCACAGCAGCUUUGAGGAGACAGGUUGAACUACAUAGAAGAGGUCCUUGGAAGGGUGGGAGCAUGACUGCCCCAUGGCCCAAAAGGGAGGGAAGGGAUCUGGAAGCAGGUGCGGCAUCUGUUCUUGCCCUGGGGGGAAGGGAGGGGAGAGAGAGAGAGACAGAGAGACAGAGAGACAGACAGAGAGACAGAGAAGGGACAGAAAGUGGCCAUGGAUCCACGCAGCCAUGCAGCCAUACAGCCACCACGGUUUGUGCCGCCUGUGCUUGGUCUGGGGGCAGGCUGAGCUGGACAGAAAUACAGCCCUCAGCAGCCAAGCCGGGUACCACCACAGCUGUCCCUGGGUGUCUUUUCCCACUUCUCACAAGGUGCCGUUUAGACAAUUCAGAACUGAAUUCAAACUCCCUUGCUCUUAGCUGGAGCAGCCAGAUUGUGUCCCCAAAGUCCCUCAGACACACUGUAACUGUUGUCACAGGUUUGCCCAACCGAGCACCCCAAUUUCAGGUUUAGAAGAAUAUUGUCUCGAACUCAGAGGCCAUCAGCUCUGUCCCUCUCUGUGGACACGUGUGAUUCCUUUUCUGAACUACUCCUGGUGUCUGGGUCAUGGGUGGAUCCUGAAGGAAAUGGGAUGGAUAGGUAAGGCACCCAGUAGGGCUCUUGCAGCCUGGAAGAUAACACAGUAUGUGAAAAGUGUUCAAAUAGAGGCACAGACAAAAUUUUACAAGUGCACACACUGUUCCUGGGGGAAGGGUAGGAGGCUCCACUGCAGACCUGACUUAGCUCUGGAUCCUGUUCAGGGACUUUGUCUGAUUCACUGCUAUGCUCCAGGUGGCUACUAUGCCAGCAAGUGGGGGGUCCUCAGGAAAUAGUCAUCUGAAUGAAAGCAUGCAUGCUAAAAAUCAUGUUUUCAAAAACUAUGCAAUGACUUUGAAAAAUGUCUACAAUAUAAUGUUACCUGGGAAGGAAAACUGGUUACUAAUCUGUAAAUACUUACAAAUUCACUUUUGCAAUGAAAAUGCAAAAACAUAGGGGCACCCAGGUGGCUCAGUCUAUUAGGCCGACCUUUGAUUUCAGCUCAGGUUGUGAUCUCAGGGUCGUGAGAUCACGCCCCGAGUCAGGCUCCAUGGUUAGCAAGGAGUCUACUUGAGAUUCUCUUUCCCUCUCUCUCUGCCCCUCCCUGAGCACCCCCAUCCCUGCUCGUGUACAUACUCUUAAAUAAAUAAAUAAAUAAAUAAAUAAAUAAAUAAAUAAAUAAAUGUUUUUUUAAAAAAGAAAAAUAUUUGAAGGGUAUAUC